AUGUCGACGCCGACGCCGGACUCGCGGGGCGCGGCGCUGAAGCGCUCGAACGACUCCAUGGGGGACAUCCGCACGCUCCCGUCGUUAGGCCUGAGCCCGUACCCGAGCGGCGGCGAGGCGACGACGACGGCGACGGUGGCCGCCGCCUCUAAUGCAGCGUUUCGUGCGCGCCUCGACGCGCCGUCGAAUCUCGAGGAGACGCCGUCGUCGCUGGGAAACAACGACAGGAAGCCGUCGCUGUCGCGCUUGAACUCGAACGCGUCCGGCGCCAGCGGACGGUCGUCGCUGGAUAUCCCGAGCGGAAGCGCGAGGCCGGUGAAGCGAGGGAAGCGCGACAGCUGGAACAACAACCACAACGUCGACGGCGUCAACGUGGAGGACUUCGACGACGUCGACCUGGCUGGGAUCUCGCGGAAGUUUCCCCAGGAGAAGCGCCUCGAGCUCGCGGCGAGGAUCGACGCGCGGGCGGAGGACGUCGCCGGCGCGUGGGCCGCGCUGCUGCUCGCGCAGACCGGGAUGCGGUACGCGGAGUGGGCGACGACGCAAUCGCGCGUGGAGCAGACGAAGCAAAACACGCUUCGAAUCGUCAAGGCCAUCGUGAAUUACCUCGUGACCGCGUCGCAGGCGAAACUUCGACAGACCAUCUCGUACAUCGUCGCGAAGCGCCGCAGACAAGGGUUCGGGCACGAGGAGGUCAUCACGUCGAUGUUGCUCCUCCGGAGGUCGUUCGAGAAAGGCUGCGGCCCCGUCACCGGCGACGCGGGGUUCCUCGUCGACGCCGUCACGAGAGUCAUGGUGGGCGAAGUCGCGACGUACCUCCACGCCAUCGACCCGACGACGGAGGUCGCCCCGGACGUGUCCGUCGACGCCGCGAACGACGACGACGAGCUCGGCGUCGAGCGGCCCGAGGACGUCAACUUGGACAUCGACUACAAGCCCGCGGAGCACGUCGUCGAGGACGUGCGGCCGCCGAUGCAUCUCUUCAUCGUGCCCAACGUCCCCGCGCAAUUCGUCCGCGCGAGAGAGGGCGGGCCGCCCAUCAUGCUCGCGCCGCUGUGGUCCAGAGCCGCGCACGAGCCGGGGGGACUGUGGACGUGGCCGAAGGGCACGGAACCGCUGAACGGCGGCAUCGUGAACAGCCGGUUCGUCAUCGAAAACUACGUCGCGAGCGGGAGCUACGGGCACGGCUGGAAGGCGCUGGACUUGCAGAGUAAGAAGGCGGUGUUUCUGAAGACGCCGCGCGCGUCGCACGAUUACAUGCCGUCCACGAUGAUGGCCGAGCUCGCGCGCGAGCUCGGGACGAUGCGGCGGAUCUUGACCUCGAUCCCGAAGCACCCAAGGCUCGUGAACGUGAUCGAGGUGACGCCACCGCACGCGCCCAAGCCGUGCGCGUUGCCGUCUGGCGUCUCCGCGCCGAUUCAUUAUUUCGCGUGCGACUUGUGCGAAGGCGGCGACCUGUUCUCGUACGUGUCCGCGCAGCCGUUAGAGCCGAUGCGCGAGCCGGUCGUCGCGCAUAUAUUCCGACAGCUCAUGGAGGCGAUCGAUUUCCUUCACGGCCGGAACUUGUUUCAUAGGGAUUUAAAGACGGAGAACGUGCUGGUGUCCAGGGAGGGCGGGAUGUAUUCGCUGAAAGUCGCCGACUUUGGCAGGACGGUGUUUGUGCCGCCGCAGCCGUCCGAGACCGGGGAGGGUCCGACGAACGACCACGAGCAGUUCGUGUACGACAACGCCAUCUUCCCCGCGGAGGCGGUCCGAGGAGGGAGGAUCGGCGACGAGGUCGUCGCCGCGGAGGACGGCAUGUACAGGCUGCCGCAGAGCGACGUGUGGGCGAGCGGGUUGAUCCUGUUGCUUCUCACCGGCGUCGGACGGAUGAGCAAGAUCAAGCACAACAUCGCGGACGCGCUGCGCGGGCGCGGGGAGAAGUUCGCGCCGCUGAGCGUCGACGAGCAGCCGAUCGACCGCCUGUACAGGCUCGUCGGCCCUGGGUGGGAGGUCUCCGCGGAGCUCGAUCAGGUGUUUCGCGCGAUGGUGCACAAGGACCCGAUGCAUCGACCGACGGCGAAGGAGGUGCUCGAGUGCGACUGGAUGCAAACCGCGGACACGGUGACGGAGGCGGAGGUCAUGGCGGCGUUCGAGCGCAGGAAUCCGGUCACGGAGGAGGCGCACAACUCGAUGACGGUGACGUGCGCGCCGCGGUUGAAGGAGACGGACGUCGCCUUCGUCGCGCUCCUCGGCGCGUUGGAGACGCUCCAGUGGCCGAGCGGCGGCGGGCGCGACGAUCGACGGGUGGAGAUCCACGUGGAUCGCGAGCGGUUGACCGCGACGGCGGUCUUGGGCGAGAUGCGGAUACGCGCCAUCUUGACCCCGGUCGAGGGUUUGCUGCACAAGAACCCGACGAAGUCGAUCGUCGCGGAGGAGCCGGACCCGAUGGCGGCGGCGAGGAAGGCGGAGGAGGCGCGGCUGCGGCGGGACGCGACGGCGACGCCGGUGGUGCGACUGGUGUGGAUCGGGGGCGGGAGCAAGGACAUGAACGCGAUGCAGCUCGUGAACGUGUACAUGCACGUGUCCGCGAUCAUCAGCACGUGACACGUGAGCGAGCGCGACGCGACGCGACGCGACGAGCGCGCGAGUAUUAUUUCAUUACGGUAUUAUUUCGGUACGACGUACGCGGAUUUUCAACAGAGUUGAUGACAUUGUUACGGUACUAAAGCAACAAAAG